UGGGCUAGCGGCUGGUUGGGCUGUUGCCUGCGCGCCGCCGGCGAUGCUGGGGGGCAGCUCCGGGGCCCGCGAGCGCGAAGUGGAGGGCGACAGAGCUGGGGCCGUGGCUGCGCCGCCCGCCAUCGACUUCCCUGCCGAGGGUCCAGACCCCAAGUACGAUGAAUCUGAUGUUCCAGCAGAACUCCAGGUAUUAAAAGAACCUCUACAACAGCCAACUUUCCCUUUUGCAGUUGCAAACCAACUUUUGCUUGUUUCUUUGUUGGAGCACUUAAGCCAUGUGCAUGAACCAAACCCACUCCGUUCAAGACAGGUGUUUAAAUUACUUUGUCAGACCUUUAUCAAAAUGGGGCUGCUGUCAUCUUUCACCUGUAGUGAUGAGUUUAGCUCAUUGAGACUACAUCACAACAGAGCUAUUACUCAUUUAAUGAGGUCUGCUAAAGAGAGAGUUCGUCAGGAUCCUUGUGAGGAUAAUUCUCAUAUCCAGAAAAUAAGAUCAAAGGAAGUAGCCUUUGAAGCGCAAACUUCACGUUACUUAAAUGAAUUUGAAGAGCUUGCCAUCUUAGGAAAAGGUGGAUAUGGAAGAGUAUACAAGGUCAGGAAUAAAUUAGAUGGACAGUAUUAUGCAAUCAAAAAAAUCCUGAUUAAGGGUGCAACUAAAACAGAUUGCAUGAAGGUGCUACGGGAAGUGAAGGUGCUGGCGGGUCUUCAGCACCCUAAUAUUGUAGGCUAUCACACUGCAUGGAUAGAACAUGUUCAUGUGGUCCAGUCACAAGCAGACAGAGCUUCUAUUCAGUUGCCAUCUCUGGAAGUACUCUCUGACCAGAAAGAGGACAGAGAUCAAUUUGGUGUAAAAAAUGAUGAAAGCGGUAGCUCAUCCAUUAUCUUCGCUGAGUUCACCUCAGAAAAAGAAAAACCCUUCGGAGAAUCUAAUGUUGAAAACCAGAAUAACGAACUGGUGAACUACACUACCAAUUUAGUCAUAAGAGACACCAAUGAAUUUGAAUCGUCCAUUGAGUUCCCAGAAAAUAGUUUAACUGAUUUAUCUACCAGACCUAUUGUCAAGCAUCAGCUACCACUUAGGCAUACGUCAGACCUAGAAGAGAAUUUCACAUCCACCGAGGAAUCUUCUGAAGAAAACUUAAACUUACUGGGGCAGACAGAGGUGCAAUACCACCUGAUGCUGCACAUCCAGAUGCAGCUGUGCGAGCGCUCCCUGUGGGACUGGAUAGCCGAGAGAAACAAGCGGGGCCUAGAGCGUGUGGACGAAUCUGCCUGUCCUUAUGUUAUGGCCAGUGUUGCAACAAAAAUUUUUCAAGAAUUGGUGGAAGGUGUAUUUUACAUACAUAACAUGGGAAUUGUACACAGAGAUCUGAAGCCUAGAAAUAUUUUUCUUCAUGGCCCUGAUGAGCAAGUAAAAAUAGGAGACUUUGGUCUGGCCUGUGCAGACAUCAUACAGAAGAACACAGACUGGACCAAUGGAAAUGGAAAUAGAACACCAACACAUACUUCCAGAGUGGGUACUUGUCUGUAUGCUUCACCUGAACAGUUGGAAGGAUCCGAGUAUGAUGUUAAGUCAGAUCUGUAUAGCUUGGGUGUGAUCCUGCUAGAGCUCUUUCAGCCAUUUGGAACAGAAAUGGAGCGAGCAGAAGUUUUAACAGGUUUAAGAACUGGUCAGAUACCUGCGUCCCUCAGUAAAAAGUGCCCAGUACAAGCCAAGUAUAUCCAACACUUAACUAGAAGGAACUCAUCCCAGAGACCAUCUGCUAUUCAGCUGCUGCAAAGCGAACUUUUCCAAAAUUCUGGGAAUGUUAAUCUCACCCUACAAAGGAAGAUAAUAGAACAAGAAAAAGAAAUUGAAGAACUUAAGAAGCAACUAAGCCUCCUUUCUCAGGACAAACGGGUUAAAGAUGACAUGAAAGAUGAAGGUGUACCUAUCUAGCCUUAAUUAGGCUGUAUCAGUAAUGUGAAAUUGUACUCAAACUCUUAAAAUAGCCAACUGGAAUGUAAAUUUUCAAUCUUUAUAGGGUAUAGAUGGUGUAGUUCUUAAUUGUAUUUAGUAAGCCUGUACAAGACUUCUUAAAGUUGUAAAUGUACUCCCAAACUGCUUUUUCCUUAAGUAGUUCUCUCAUGAUCUAGCAUCUUGAACUUAAGACUGCUCUAAAUUAAUCCUAUUUGGCUCUCU